CCGACACGAGCCCAUUCAUGCCGGUGUUCGGUAAUGGUAGCGCCCAUGAUAUCUGCGAUAUCGUAAUUUGUUGCAGUGUAAUGUAACGCGCGUUACUGGGUGUUGUUCAUUUCUGUUUGCAAGACCGCAAGCGUGGUUUGGCGCAGUUCAACCAUGUCAGCCACUCGCGACAACAGUCGCGUGUUGCGCGCUCUUCGCGAGUUAGAGAACAUGUUCGGUUCCCAAGAAGCGGACUUCCACUAGUAGUGUCGACGACACCAUCGCACGUCGGCUCUCGUUUGGCGAAAGCAUCUUGGAGUCUCGGAUAGACACUAGCAGCAGCUCAGAAGCAAAGUCAGCUGAGGCUGAAAUCCGAGCGCUGAAGGCCGAGCUGCUUCAGUGCAAAGCAGAAAUCGCUCGACUCACCAUGCAGAAGAAUGAGGAGGAACCUGCACGAAAAACAAUUGUUCUUGGCUACACGCGAGAGCUGGACACACUUCAGGAGCACUUGCAGAAAGAGCGAGACGUUAAUGCCGAGCUGAAGCAACAGGUGAUCAAGGCCCUGGAGAAAGAAGCCGAGGACCGGGCAGAGAUUGCACAGCUGCGGCAGCAAAUGAAGAACCGUGUCUCGGAACUGGAGGAGCGCUGGCGACGCUCCCAGGCGCUAUGUCUCGAACUUCAACAGCAGUUCGACCAGACAAAGGAGUCUGCCCAGGAAACCACAUUUGCACUUGAACAAGAGGUCCAGAGAUUGUCAGCAAGCCAAGUGAUGAUCCGCACCUCUUUAGAAGAAGCGAAGGACCAAACAGAAAUGCUCAAAAGACAUAUACGAGAGAAGGAGCUUCUCAUCUCCCACUUGCAAAGUGAAAAUUCCGAGCUUCGAAAGUCUGAAAGCAAAGCCAGGGAACUCCAACGACGUCUCGAUGAGCUGAAGGAGGCAGAGGAACUAGCACGCAUAAUGAAGGAUGAGCUGAAGCGGCUACCGCUUGUUGAGAAAGAGCGGGCAAAGCUUCAGGAGGAAGUUGAGCAACACCGGCGGGCGCGUAUGAAUGUGCACUUGAUACAGGAGCGCUUGUUAGCAGCUCAGCACAAUACAACCAAGGUGAAAGAACUGCAGACACUCAACUCACAGCUACAGGUGAAUGUGGAGCAGCUUCAAGAGGAACUGGGAAAAUGGAAGGAGUUGGCUGCUGAACCGCACGGUCUCGCGAGUCCAACAGCAGUGCUGCAGUGCCUGGCUGAUCUGCGGCGCUCUGAGUUGGUUCUGACAGAGCGACAAUCAACGUUAUUAGCAGAGAACGAAACGCUGCGGAGCAAGGCCGAGAGCUGCACUCAAGAACUUCGCCGAAUGAACGCCAAGUUUAUAAAGAACCAGUCCCAGUUUGACGAGCAGACAGCGUUGCUGCGCCGAAUGCAGAGGCGCCUACUUCUCUUGGGCAAG